AUGGGGCGAGGCGGCGCGACUUCUCCCCGGCUGCCCGUGCAGGCAGGUGUGCGCCGCAGGGAGUCGAUCGAUCGGCGACCCUGGGCCGGCUGCCGGAAGACACCCCCUGAGGGCCAUUUGACCGACGCCCAGGAGCAGGAGCAGGGCGGGAAAGCGCGCGGGCCGGCGGCCAGGAGGCGGGGACCAAAAAGGGCGACAGCCUCCCCGUCGGGGAAUCGAACCCCGGUCUCCCGCGUGACAGGCGGGGAUACUCACCACUAUACUAACGAGGACGGCAAUGGCCCCUUUGGGCCCACGACGCUUGCCGGCUGCCCGCCCGACCCUUUCCCUCGCCGCCGCCGCCGACCCACGCCCAGACACGCCCACCAACCAGCCUCCCACCGGGACCCGGACAUCGCCACGACCCCCACCCCCCACCACCACCACCCAGGCGGCUCCGGACCACAUGCGGUUGGAGGCUGGCGGCAAGCGGCUGAGCCGGCGCGGCCGGGCUGGGUCGCGGGUGGGGGCGAGACGGCGUCGGCGGCGGAGACAGCGGGUUUUGCCGCCGUGGCUCCCCCUCGGCCCGCGCGCGGCCGCUCCACCAGGCACCGCGACGGCCACUUAGGAGGCACGGCGAACGCCCAAGGCCACGAGUGUUGGCGCCUGAUCCCAGCCAGCCGAGCGGCGACGCGCCGGGUCUCGCCUCCCGUCCUGGAGGGCGAGCCUCCAGACCCUCGCCGCUCGCUUCUCAGACCCACCCACCCUUCCCUCACACCCGCCGGCGAAGCACAAACAGCCCAGCGCAACGCUGCUCAAGUGCUCUCAGUGCCCAUCCCUGCUGCACCCUUUGCCUACGUCCUGUCCAUGCCAAUACCGCCGUCACCUGCCUUCCCCGCCCACCCUAACGUCCCUUCGGACCCCCACCGUCUCCUACGAUUGCCCGUGCCGCUCUCUCGUCCCGAAGACGGCUCCGUUGACUUGUGGGCAGAACCCUUAGAUCCCCGACACCCGCCCACCAACGUCGGCCCCCACCCAACCCGAGCCAACAGCACCAGCGCGCUGCCGUGCCGCGACAGCCCGUUGUGCCCCCCGGGGCCCCUGGCGAGUGCCGUCGGCCAGAAGGUGGAAGUGAGCCUCACGCGGAUUGGUCGUCAUACCGGACGUCCCUCGGCUGGCGGGCGGGAGUCCGAGGCGCGGCACCCGUCCGCCUUCUCCGGGGAAGGGGGCUACGGGAGGGGGACGCUGCACCGGGCCCUUCGGCUCACGGCGCUCCGGGCGCCCGCCUGGCCUGGUCCGGCCGCUGCCUUCCUCCGCGGGACCCCAGCGUUCUCGCGGCCCCGGGCCUCAGGGAGAGCGCAGGCCCGUGCGAGACUGCCUGUCUCUCGCCGCGCCUCGACGUGUCUGGCGCCUCUCGCCCGGGUCGCCCACCCGCUCCCUGGCCGCCGGCACGCGCCGCCUGGCGCGCUCCGGGAGUGCCGGAUGCCCGCUGCAGGCAGCGACUGGUGUCGGGCGGCUGGUGGCGAGCGGGCGCUGGGGCCAAGCGUGGCGAGCCCGGGCAGCGGCGCAUGGAUCCUUCCCCACACCACCCGCUCCGCUCCCGCCAGCCCCCCAUUCCCCGCGCCCCUCUCGCCCUACAGACCCAACAGGGGCCCCGUCCAGCACUUCUCCGGCUCGGCCACCCCUCCACCCGGCACCUCCCCCUGGAUCUUCAGCCAGCGCUCACUAGCAAGCAGCCAUCUCCUGGCAGGUCACCGGCUCGCACCAUUGCCUGCUUCGAACUCACACCUUAGCCUGAUGGCCUUGGGCGGCAACACCUCAAGCUCGCCCGAAACGACCCGUCUCCCGCUCUUUCCCGUCUGGGCUCCACCACGGCCCAUGGCACCUGCGCCUGCCACGGCGACCCAUCGUCCUGAAGCCUCCGCACAGCCGCUGCCUGGCCCGCCAGCUGUAUUCCCGUCCACUCCGAGCAAGCUGGGCUACCCUCCGCUGGGACGUCUCAAGGCUGAUUUUCGCAUCGACGUCUCCCGGCCACCGUGGCCCGGGUGGGCGGGGCUGUGGGUGCAGAGGCCCUCACCCGACCCCAUCCCUCAUCCCCCAUCCCCCACCGCCCACCGCCCACCGCCCACCGCCCACCGCCACACCCACCGGCACCCUCGCCAACACUCCUACCCCUACCCCCGAACGGAGGAAGGAAGAGUUGACGCCCCGGCGGCGGGACUCGGCCCUUUGGAAGCCGCCACGUGGCGGCACAGCGCAAAGCACGUGCGCUGGCCCGAGCCAGGGGGUCGGGGUGUGCCGACGGCCGACCGGACGCGUAAGGCUGCCCUGGCCACUCGGGUUUUGGGCUCUCAGGAGAGCGGGGUGAGCGAGACCAGCGUGGGGUCCUGGUGGUGGGAGAAGCCGCAGGCCUCAAGUGGGCGAAGGGAGGCGAAAAGGAUUGGGUCGUGGCCGGCGGUUGGAGCCUGCGCGGCCAAGGAGGGAGCGAGCGGGCGAAGCUCAGCGCCUCCAGCCCGAGCUCAGGGCGCUACCUUGGCACCAGGCCCCCGCUUCGCCCAGCCUCCGCCCUGCAAACGCUCGCCGCUCACCGCCUCCCGCAACGCGAGCGCCCUAGCUUGCUGCCUGCUUGCAGCACCCUCAAAACACUGCGCGCCUCUUUCCCACCCGUCCACCCAGCCUCGGGCCAAGCUCCCGCCCCGAACCCUGGCAGGCUGGUCGGGGCCGCCGGCAAAAUGUCAGUCCGCUGCGUUGGCCGGGAAUCGAACCCGGGUCAACUGCUUGGAAGGCAGCUAUGCUCACCACUAUACCACCAACGCCGCACGGCCCGGCCAGGCCCGGGACGCCGGCCCGGGACUCGCACGAGCGCUCUGCCGCCGCCGCCAGGCUCAACCCUUCCCCGACGUCCCGCCCGCAAGCGACCCUACGCUGCCACAGCGCCGACGACCGGCCGUCCCACGCCUCACUCGCGCUGUCCGAGCCCAGCGCCGCCUGUCGGGGCGCUCUCGCUGCCUUGCUGCUCGGUGCUCGGUGCUCGGUGCUCCGUGCUCCGUGCUCCGAGCCCCGGCCCCGUCGGCUCCUCCUCGUUGCCGCCCGCCCCCUGGGCACCACCAGGUCGCGAGCGCUGCUCCCUGCUCGGCCGGGCCGUAG